AUGUCUGGCUCUGGUGUUGAGAGUGUGCUCCCUUUUCGGGUUAAAUCAGGUGAAUCCUUCGAAGACGACCAGGUGUCAGAAACCUCCUACUCGAAUGACUCAACCUAUGAUGCUUCUGCAAAUGGUCAACUUGCGCGUCUUCCAGAAGAUCUUAUUCGUCAGAUCGCUUUCUUCUUGGAAGACAACAAGYCCCCCGCCGAUCUCUGUCACUUUGCAGCGUUGACACCGAAUAACUGGACAGUCCUCAAAAAUGACUGUCACCAGUUUGCGUUGAAAGUAGCUGAGCCGACACAGGAAGAGUUCAAGAAGUAUCUCACCGAGACAGGUGAUGCAUCGCGUUUUGAUGUGUGGGAAGAAGUGCAGGAAUCAACAGACAUAGGUGAUCGAUCAAAAUUCAGUGAAGCAAUCGCCGGCGGUCGGGUACAUGCUGUCAAGUCUUUCCUGCAACAUGGUGUUGAUCCUAACACAUUCAGCAUCGUUGGUAACCGUCCUUUGACUCUGGCAGCAACCUGUUCUCGUCCAGUAGAGAUGUCCGAAUUGCUCUUGGAACAUGGGUCCGACCCUUGUAAAGCAGACAUCCUUACGGACAUCUUCACUCCUCUGUAUACCGCUGCUACCAUGGCUAAAGAUGAGUUGGUGCAUUUAUUGCUGGACCAUGGUGCCAAUCUCAAGGCAAAGGGUAUCGUUCAGGCCAUAUGCCAAGUCUGUAAGAUGGACACGAUUCAGCGCGCAUUCAAGAUGGGGGCCGACAUUAACGCGAUCGACGAAUCGGGCAACAACUUGCUCCAUUUCGCGGCUAGGAACGAGGAUUCUGAGGUCCUACGUCUCAUCUUCGACCUCGGUUUCCCAGUGGCCAAUAUCAAUCAGCAGAACAACGGUGGCAAGACGCCGCUAAUGAAAGCUGUAAAAAUUGGCAGUACGGAGAAUGUGUUGGCUUUAAUUGCACGUGGCGCAAACCCGGACUUCGUGUCCACGAAUGGUGCAACUGCCUUACACGUUGCCUGUAGCUGGGAUCACGCCGAGAUCGCAUCGUUGUUGGUCAACGCAGGAGCCAACAUCGAGGCCGUUGAUAGCAACCUGAUGCGACCUCUCCAUCACGCGGCAUACAUCUCCUCGACCAAAAUGCUGCGCGUGGCAGUUGAGAACGGUGCCGACAUCUCAGCCACAACACGGCGUGGUGACACUGCGCUGCAUCUGCUGCUAGCUGAUUUGACUGAGAAAUCUGGCAAGAAGUACGUCGCUAGAAUUCUCGGGGGCGUCAAGAUUCUCAUCGCGGCCAAUGCCAAUCCCGCUGCGCAGAACGAGGAAGGCGAGACGCCUCUAGAUCUGGCCAUGAACUGUGGACAGUAUGAGAUCGCUCAUGUCCUCAAGACGAAUGACCCGCACGCAGUUGAUGGCAAGCCCCCGGCCGGUCGCAACUGGCGCGAGUACUUGCGCGAUCGUGUAUACAAUGGUCAAGUAGCUUAG